AUGCCCAAACUUGCAAAGCAGACCGAGCUGAAAAAGGCUCGUGGGUCUGUCAAGCGGGUCAAGCCGGAGCAGGUCUCCAAGUUGGUCAAGCAGACCAAGCCAAAAAAUACUUGGUCUGCUAAAGUAGCACCAACCUUGCAAGACGUUGCAAAGUUGGAGUUACUUAACCAACAGCGAGACCUGCGAGCGGCGCGGCGGCGCAACACGAGCAGUGCUCCUGUCAUUGAUACUUGUAUCAAGGAGCGAUCUUCCAGAAAACGGAAGAUCAACUGCGAGGUUGACGCAGAUCAACCCCAUCCUCCGCGAAAUCCAAAGCGGAGAUGGAUGAUCUAA